GCCUAACUUAAGUCCGAAGCGCGGGAGAGAUAAAAGUACGGGUCCUGAGAGGUGGUUUGCUCCCUCCGAAUUGAGAGAAGCGGGGUGGCUUCAGAGGUAGCUGGGCUUCUAUUUAAACCGCCUUUUCGCUAAUGCAGACUCCCGCCCGAAGGGUCACAACGGUCCUGUCCCCGCCCGGGGUGCACGGCCUUCUGCGGAUCACGAAGGCUGGUCCUGCUGACCGCCGUUUCCCAGCUCCGACUUGGAACAAGUAACGUGACCCUUCAGAAACCUGACUUCCAGGAUUACAAAAAUUAAAAAGGCCUUCGACAUUGCAAAUAGACUAGCGAGAAGUGAAAACAAAUCUGAAGAUGAAGGCAUUUCAGAGCGUCUGCAGGCAGUUCCGAAGUUCAAAGGGGUUUUCCGUGAAAACUGUUGCCCUUGGGGGUUUCUCUACUUCCUGUUAUUUGUGUGACAGGAAGAAAAAAGUGAACCCAUAUGAAAAAGUGGACCAAGAAAAAUAUUCUCAUUUAGUACAGUCUGUCUUGUCAUUCAGAGGCCUUGUGCAUACCCCAGAAUCAUUGUUCGAAGAAGAUGCUUUACUCUAUGGACCUGUGAGUAAGCAUAAACCCCCAAAGCAAGAAGAGGAAGCAAGAGUUCCACAAAAUCGGUUUCCUAUCUUCAAUCCAAAGAGAAGUGUUAAAUCAAAUGCAAGUGAUCCUUUAAUUCCUUUGAAAAUCCCUUUGCAAAGGAAUGUGAUACCAAGUGUGACCCGAAUCCUUCAGCAGACCAUGACAAAACAACAGACUUUCUAUUUGGAGAGGUGGAAACAGCGAAUGAUUCUGGAAUUGGGAGAAGAUGGCUUUAAAGAAUAUACUUCAAAUAUAUUUUUACAAGGGAAACGGUUCCAUGAAGACUUGGAAUACAUACUUUCACCUUCACCCCAGGGAAACCUAAAAGAGAGAGAUGAAAAUCUCCUUGAAUCUGGUUACAUCCAAAGUGUCCAGCAUAUUCUGAAAGAUGUCAGUGGAGUUCAAGCCCUCGAAAGUGCUGUUCAACAUGAAACCUUAAAGUAUACAGGUCUGCUGGACUGUGUGGCUGAGUAUCAAGGCAAGCUAUGUGUGAUUGAUUGGAAGACAUCAGAGAAACCAAAACCUUUUAUCCGAAAUACAUUCGACAACCCACUGCAAGUGGUGGCAUACAUGGGUGCUGUGAACCAUGAUCCCAACUACAGCUUUCAGGUUCAGUGUGGCUUAAUUGUGGUGGCCUACAAAGACGGAUCACCUGCCCACUCACAUGUCAUGGAUGCAGAGCUUUGUUCCCACUACUGGGCCAAGUGGCUUCUUCGACUAGAAGAAUAUACAGAAAAGAAUAAGGAUGAGAAUAUGCAGAAAACAGAUUAGGGAGCAGGACACCAUUUGGGAACAUUCAGCAGUCUGGAAGAUAUAUUGCUGUUUACUACAAUCCAGAAACUUAUGUAGGUGCUACCAGAUCUGAGUGCUACAUUAACAUAAGUGGAAGUAUUAAUUUCUUGAAACAUAUUGCUAUCAAAAAGACUGAAAAGCCAGGAAAGUCUAGAUUUAAGGAGCUGGACUUGAGCACGUCAACUAUGCUACCUCUGUUAUUUGCCUGAAAAGAGGGCAAGCAGGGUAGGCAGUCACACUGGCAGUUAGACUCCCUCGGUGGAUCUCGGUGUCCUGGGAAGGACACCCAGUCUUUGAACUGAGAUUGGAAGUUCAAUGAGGCUGAAUGUGCCAAGCCUUUCCUCAGGUUCACCAGGAGGAAAGAACCCACAUACUCCUGCGGUAUGUAGAGGGGAAAGGUUCGGCCAACUCUCACUACCAGUGCAGUUUCUUGAAACUUUUAUAUAUUGGGGCUCUAUAUAUUUCAGUUGGAGGGAAAGCUAACAUUGAACCUUUUUAAAAAUAAAUAUGGGAUUAUUCAGCAUCAAGUAAAUGCUGCUGUCUGGAAAGAUGGAAUGUAAUCCAAGCUGUUGGCAGUAUGCCUUGGCAUACCACCAAAUGACCCCAGAAGUAGCCAGGCCCCAGUUUGCAAAGCGUAAUUGUAGGUGUUUUAAUAGCUUUUUCUGGUGUGAGUGAGAGGAUCAUGAGAGAAAAUUUAUCAUUUGUAGAAUUGUUCAGCUAUAGGGAACAAUAAUAAAAUUGGUUAAUUUAUGUUCUGUGUUUGAUAGGUAAUAAAAAUUAUUAGUUUCGGGCGGCGCCUAUGGCUCACAGGAGUAGGGUGUCGGCCCCAUAUACUGGAGGUGGCGGGUUCAAACCCAGCCCUGGCCAAAAAGUGCAAAAAAAAAAAAAAAAUUAUUAGUUUCAUUGGAUUUGGGAAAUUUACAUAAAUGCCUAUUAUAGCCUGUGAAGGUCUCCUAUUUUAUUGAGUGAAUCUGUUAGCAUUUGAGUUACAUUUGCUGCCUUAAAAUAGUAGGCUGCUAUAAGGACUUUUUUCUGUUAUUAGCUGUUAUUUAUGAGAAAUAAAAUAACAAGAAAUGAGUAAAGAGUUUUGUUAGUUUUAGUUUUGUUUCUUUUUAUUUCAGUUUGUGUAUUUAUAGGAUAAUUUCAUAAACCUGCAAAUGGUUUGGACUUUGUGGUUUUGUUUUUGUUGGGGGGAGGUUGGUCUCACUCUUGCCCAGGCUGGAGUACAGUGGUGCAGUCACAGCGCAUACAGCUUUGAAGUUUUGAACUCCUGGGCUUAAGUGAUUCUCCUACCUUAUUAGCCUCUGAGUAGCUAGUACUACAGGUAUGUGCCACUAUGCUGUGUAAUUUUUUUUUUCUUUGUAGAGACAGGGUCUCAUGAUGUUGCCUAGGCUGUGGAUUUUGUUUUUAAAUUUAAUAUUUUACCACUGGCCUAGUGGCUUUGGUCCUCACUAAGCUCUCCACCAUGGUCAUCUGGCAAAAAAAGCAAGGUUCAGGUAGGAGAUAAUAGCAUUAGGGAGACCUUUGUAUUAACACUACACACCUCUGACUUUAGGUGGUUUUUUGUUUGUUUUUUAAACUAGUAUA